GCUUCCUUUUGGGGGGAGAUGGGGGUCCUCCUCCUCCGCUGGCCCCCCCUGAUCCUGGGGGCGACUGCCCACCUGCUGCUGCUGCUCCUGGACUGCGCAGGCUCCACUUCUCACUCCCUGCGCUACUUCUACACAGCCGUGUCUGAGCCUGGCCAGGGCCUGCCCCAGUUCAUUUCUGUGGGGUAUGUGGAUGACCAGCAAUAUGUUCAGUACGACAGUGACACCAAGGAGGCGCUACCUCUCGUUCCCUGGAUAAGGAAGGUGGAAAAGGAGGAUCCUCAGUACUGGCACACGGAGACUCAGAUAUAUCACGGUGCUGAGCUGGUGUUCAGGGGGAAUCUGCAGAAUCUUUUGAAUCGCUACAACCAGAGCGGAGGUCUGUUGUGAGUUCCAGUUCGGUGUGUGCGACUCGCUCUCCAGCAUGCUCUGGCAUCAUGGCCUGACCAACUCCAAACUUCCAGCUUCCUACAGGGGAUGCCAGUAAAGCACCACCCGAGAGAGACGUAGUACUGCCAGGUGCAGACUGCAAAGAAGUUGCUUCAGUCACUUGGGGUGACAUCAAGCCCUUGUUCCCGCUGGACAACAUCAGCUCCCUCAAGCCUGAACAUCCAGAGACUCCAGACUCACUAAUUGCUGCCAUAUAUUUUCCCAGCUUACUGCCAACUCCAUGCUGUUUCUUUUCAUGCCAUGCCUGCUUUUGCCAAUGAAGGCCUUGAACUGUGCAACUGGCUCACUAGCUGACUUCCUGAUCUUCUAUGGCUCAAACACAUCUUCACCCAUGCUGUUAUGAUUCUAGCCUGCCUUAUUUGCUGUCUUGUAUACAAUGUACUGAGCGUCCUUUCGGCUUUGGCUCAGCCGCUUCAUCAGCUCUGGAUCUACUUG